AUGAAGGACUUGCAAAUCGAAGAAAACGAAGUGCUCUCAAGCAGCAGCAGCAGUGAAUAUGAAGAUUCCGAUGACGAAUAUAAAAAUGUAAAACGCAAAAAACGUUUGAGUUUUCGAAAGAGGUCUAUUGAAAAAACUACUGAGAAAAAACCAAAAGUGGAUUUGACAUCACCAACUGAGAGAAAAAUAAGAGUAGAAGAAGAAGGUUUUGCGAAUUUCGAAGAAAUGAAGGAACAAGAAGCCGAUUUGUUCAACUCAAAUAGAUUCGCCUAUGCCGACGAUUCUGAUACUUUGCGUAUAGAAAAUUUCGACGAACCUGAAUUUGAAAGUGAAAAAGAAGACGAAAAAUCAAAUGAAGAGUUAUUACAAGAAUACAUGGUACUUAAACAACUAAUCCCACACGUCGCCCAAAAUUGUAGUUCCCGAAAAUCAAAAUUGUACCCUAACCUUUUUCAGUGUAAAAACUGUAAAUUUUCAGUUCUUUUACCUUUAAAAUACUCGAAUCUAUUUAUUUUUCAAAAUUGUACUCUGUCCCUCAUCGGAUGGGCCGAGGUGUGACGAAUACGUUUAUUGAAACAAAUUAUCAUUUUUCAGAGUAAUCGACAGUACGAAAUUAUCAAAAAUAAGAAUUUAAUAAGAGCUGUGCUCCCAAUUAAUCCAUUUAUCGAGCGAUUGGUGGCAAUAAAGUAAAUUUGUAAUUUUUAAUCAAGCAAUUUUCGUUUGUUUCUAGAUCUUCCAAUCAAAUCAGUGGACGUUUUCAAAAUUUGAAAACGGCUUUGCCAACUGAAAUUGUUGAAGCCAAACGUGACAUCGAAACCACGACUCUUUUCGAAUUUUGGGACCAACCUUUCGAGUGAGUUAAAUUUUAAAAAUUACAUCCUUUUCGAAAACCAGAAAUUGGAAUUUCAAAAUGAACAUUUUUCUAUAAAAAAGGCAGUUCGCUUGUAAAUUAAAAGCAUUUUUGGUUAAAAAUAGAGUUUUCAUAUUUCAGAAACCUUGUGCGAUAUAAUAAUGUUGUUGAUGUUGAUGCACCUGUGAAAAAAACUGUACAAAUCGAAUUAUCUUUGCGAUUGGAAAAACGGAAAUCUCGUAAGUUAUGUAGAAAAAGAUUGAACAAAAUAAAUAAUUGCAGAUCUAUUGGACCAAUUUAUAAAGGAAAGUGUUAGAAACCCUAUUAAUGAUUAUUCACUGACGGAAGAGAAAAUCGAUGUUACCGAACAUAUCGAGAUCGAAUUUCCUGAUGAAGAAGAAAAAGAGGGCGAAGAUUUCGAUGAAGGAGAAGAAGAUUUGAAUGGUGGUGAAGAAAAAGAAGAGAUAACUGAAGAAAUCGAAGAUGAUGAUAGUUCUGAAGAAAUCGAAUUCAACGAAGACAUAGAACUUAUUGAAUUUGAAGAUAAUGCUGAUCCAGAAGAAAUGAAUACAAUUUCGAAUCACCAAAAAGACUUGAGAGAACUUAUGGACGAUUUUUUCUAG